CCCCGCGACCCGGAGGGAGCUGGACCCCGGGGUCAGGCCGGGCGGCAGCCCCUCGGCCCUGACGCAGAGCCCGAGCUGUCAUUCGAGAGGGCGUUCCCCGGGGACAAGCGGCUGGCGUAAGGAACGAAAAGUUAUGAUCAUUGCAAAGUCCAAGAAAUUCCGUGAGCAGCAUGGGAAAGUCCUGCUUGAGGGUCGGCGGUUGAUCACGGACGCCUUGAGAGCCGGAGCGAGGCUGGAGACUCUCUUCUUCAGCAACUUAGACAGCCUGAAGGAAUUGCCUGUUGAGAAACUGAAGCACGCAGAGUUAAUCAAAGUGAAGUUUGAAGAGAUUAAGAUGUGGUCUGAUCUUGUAACACCUCAGGGAGCGUUGGGGAUUUUUUUGAAGCCGGAAUAUUCCAAGAUGAAGUAUCCAAUUCAAAAGGAGCAUACCUUGCCUCUUUUCCUUAUUUGUGACAACAUCCGUGAUCCCGGCAAUUUGGGCACAAUAUUGCGAUCUGCUGUGGCAGCUGGAUGCAGUAAAAUAUUAGUGACAAAAGGUUGUGUGGAUGUUUGGGAACCCAAAGUGCUCCGAGCAGGAAUGGGUGCUCACUUCCGCAUCCCCGUGCUUUCAAACCUGGAGUGGGAAGUGGUUCCCAACUACCUGUCUACCAGCACUCGUGUCCACGUGGCAGACCAUAACUGUCCAGUUGAGAACCCACCUGUCCUUCCCGAAUCUCUCUCUACACGUGACCAGAGGGGCGCGUCCCGGCACGCAGUCGAGUACAAGGAGAGCGACAGCGAGGAUGAUGAGAGCGAACUCCUGCUCUCGCUACCCAAAGUGGAUGCUCAAAAUUGCUACCAGGCCUGGGCAGGGCAGCGCACAGCCAUUGUGGUUGGCGGCGAGACGCAUGGACUCAGCCUGGAGGCACUCAUGUUAGUGGAGAAGACCAGAGGGAAACGACUGUACGUGCCCAUGACUCCAGGUGUAGACAGCCUCAACUCAGCCAUGGCAGCGUGUGUCUUACUGUUUGAAGGCAGGCGGCAGCUCUUGUUCCAGCAGGCAGCAGCUGAUGACAGGACUAAAAUGAGUUCAAAAUAACAUUAUAAUCUGAGAUUCCGCCUUCUGAUUCAAGUCAGCCACACGAGUUUGCAAGGUAUUGAACAGUCGAGGAAAAGUAUCUUGUGCUUUUUUCACGUUCAGAUUCAUUGAUCACAUGUACAUGUGAAAGGUGUCGUUUGUGUUAACAACCAACCAACGUAGGGAUGUACGGGGGCAGCCCACAAGUGUUGCCGCACACAGUGGUAACGUAGCACGUCAACAAUGCUCAGCAGAGACAAACCCCUUCCCUUCAUCACACUCACACUCACUCUCGCUCACACACUCUCCUCCAACCCAACUUCAGGACAGACCUCCAAUCUAGGCUUCAGCCAGCUGGCUUUGAUUUCUAGACUCCCAUUCGGCCUUUGGGCUUCACCUUCGGUACAGACCAAUGAUGCGUCUCUGAACUCCAGCCUUGAACUCUGGCUGCACCCCCAUGUCUUCUGCGCGCACGGUCGUCCGAUACUGGGACAGUCCGGCAUCUGCAGAUGUCCUUCGUCACCCACCAAUGUCACUGGAUUUUGAGCUCCCUCUGUGUGGAGCAGUGAUGCUCACACUGCCGGCCUUUGAAUAUGAAACUGGGGCCCAGACUCCAGAUGACCCUUUCAACCCAUCCAUGUCUUUGAGCAGAGCGGAGGCCUGUUAUCUAACACCCCCUGUCACUGUCCUUAAAACCCUAACCUGACCCCAACUCCCCUCUCUAUCCCCAAACUGUCCUACAAACUUCUUUAAAAAACACUAAGCGACUGACAAGUUUGCUUAGCAACAUAACUUUGCACAUUUCUUCUGAUCAUGUUACAGCAGAGAGUUUGUCUGUCAAUAGUAGCCUCUGAAAUUUGACACAGUGGUUUUAAAUGACAUUGACUGAAGUAUUGCGUGUUUGUACAACUGUUGUGCACUAGAAUGCAAAAUUGUAUUAAAUAGCAAGCAAUUACUGCAAUGUGCAUUCCUUGCAAAGUAUCGUUUUGUUUGCUUAAAAGUAGCCCUUGCGGAUCACUUGCAAUGAAUAGGCUUCCAUUGGUUGAGAGAGCACUUUUAACCUAUGGUGGAUCUGUUGGAGGGGAGCAGGUGUUAACGAGUUCUACUCUUUCUGUUAGCUCUUUUUUUAAACAAAAGGUAACAAUAUCUGACGUUCAGUAGUGUAUCAUAAGACACAGUAGAAUUUGGCCCAUUGAGUCUGCUCUGCCAUUCCAUCAAGGCUGAUUUAUUGCCCCCCCUCAAGCCCAUUCUCCUGGCUUUUCCUCGUAGUCCUUGACGCUCUGACUGAUCAAGGACCUGUCACCCUCCACUUUAAAUAUACUCAAUGAUUUGGCCUUCAGAGCCACCUGUGACAAUGAAUUGCACAGAUUCAUCAACCUCUGGCUAAAGAAAUUCCUCCUCAUCUCUGUUCCAAAGGGACUGUCUUGUAUUCUGAGGCUGUGCCUCUGGUCUGAGACUCCCACACGUCUUUACUGACCCUGGCUAACUGUUUCUCUCCCUGCGGAUGUUGUCUGGGGUGCUGUGCAUUUUGGUUCUUCCGGCUUUCAGCAUCCUUAUGAUCAUUUUGGUAUUUUACCCCUUAUUGCAUCCGUCAUUAUGUGCCUUAUUUAUGAUGUGGGCAAUCGUGAUCUUGGCCAGGAUUGUUCUUGACAAAUUUUUCAAGAGAAGUGGCUUGCCAUUGCUGCCUUCUGGGCAGUGUCUUUACAAGACAGGUGACCCCAGCCAUUAUGGAUACUCUUCAGAGAUCGUUUGCCUGGCAUCGGUGGUCGCAUAACCAGGACUAGUGGUCUGCACCAGUUGCUCCCAUGGCUUCACAUGACCCUGAUCUUGGCGGUGGGGGGGGGGGGUUGCAAGCAGAUAGUACAUCUUGUCUAAGAGUGAACUAUAGACUAGCGGAGUAUCUCCACCCUCCACCUGAUUACCCCUAAUACUAUAAAUUUAAAUCACGCAGUAUCACGCACAAAAAAUGCUGGUGGAACGCAGCAGGUCAGGCAGCAUCUAUAGGAAGAGGUACAGUUGACGUUUCGGGCCGGGACCCUUUGUCAGGACUAACUGAAAGAAGAGAUAGUAAAAAUUUAAAUCACAUGGUAUUUUCUUUAUGCAGAUAAAUCUUAGACCCUGUCCUUCAGUACUCAGUAGUUCAUUUCAUGCAUUAGGUACACUUUAAUUCCACUGUCAUGGGAGUUCAUUCAGAAUCAGGUUUAUUAUUACUGAGUUACUGACAUUUGUUGUGAAAUUUGUUGUUUUGGUGCAGUAGUACAGGGCAAUACUUAAAAUGUACCAAAAUUACCAUGAUUAAGAUGUAUAUAAUAAAAAAAAGAGAGGUUGUGUUCAUCCGUUCGUUGUCAGUUCAGAAAUCUGAUGACAGAGGAACAGAAACUGUGUGUCUUUUGCCUGUGCCUCCUUGUUGAUGGUAGCAUUGAGAAGAGGGCAUGUCCUGGGUGGAGGGGAUCUUUAAUGGUGGACCAUCCUUUUGGAGGCAUCAUCUUUAGAAGGUGUC